UAUUCCCUAACGCCUUUGCAAUGUUGAGAUCUACAAUGCACAUUCCGCAUAUCUUACUCUUAAACAUAAAAUUUUGGCGUAAAGUGCCUCGCAUAUUUCUUCUAUCUCCCCAAACAUGAAUGUGAGUUAGAGAGGACGUGAAUGGGAAAUGCAAGACAUUUAAAAAGGCAGUAUGGCGAAAAGGUAUGGAAGAGUUCCUUUUAACCAGAGAACCCCUUGAUAUCAUCAGAAUUUCUACGGCAUUAUUUGUACGAGUAGAGAAAGGUGAAUGGACAGGCAAUCUUGAAAAGGAGGUGGAGAACUUUGAAAAUAUUUUGCAAAAAGUUUUAGAACGAGUCCCCUCAGAGGAUAUUGAACGAAAAAAGAAGCUUCAAAGUUUUGGUACCGGGAAAAAAUUAGCUAAACGGGUUGCAAGUGCCUUCGAAGAUUUAUGUUCUCUAACAGAAAUGAAAGCUCUGGUAAUUGAUGCUGAGACGUGGCCUGACGAUGCAAAUGCAAAUUUACGGUGUUUUAAACGUGACGUUGGGCAACUUAUGAAUGAGAGCACCGGUUAUGAGAAAAUUAUGUGGGAGAGGAUAGAAAUGGAACUUAAUAAUAUAAAUGUAGAAAAUCUUGGAUUUGAUCAUCCAAUAUGUUCGGGAGUCCUCGAUAUCAAAUCGGAACCUUUCAUAAACAUUCCUGAGUCAUUUUGCGAUAUUUUUAAGGAACCGUUUCAAAAAUAUAAGUUAGAACAGAAUCAAGAUAUAUUAGACACUUGUAAAGAGUUUAUCCAGAACGAAGAAUCAAAGAUUAAUGAAGAUGAGGAUUUGCGCGAUGUUGGAUUUGGGAAAUAG